GCACUUGCCGCCAGAUGCCAGCUGCUUGUGGUUUAUAAAACCCGGACAAUGCGUAUUUCCCACAUAUUUAGUAGUUCCUGGUUUCUCCUAUCCGGCGUCCGGGCCGCAACCUUCACAUCAUGCACCGCCGCGCAGAUAUCCACCCUUGAGGUGGCCAUCGACCGGGCCACCAACAAGUCCUACGCAGCCAUAGAGCACCUAGAAGCGAACCCCAACGGCAGCGAGAUCCAGACGACUUGGUAUGGGGCUUUCAGUACGGAAAGGUACAACAGGGUCCUGACGGCUUUCAAGACCUUCGCGCCCGACCUGGCCACAAAGUUCACCUAUGACUGCUCCUGCGUGAACGACGGUGUCGUCGCGACGAUCGGCAGCUCCGACCGGUACGGCGACGUCAGGAUCUGCAGCGUCUACUUCAACGAGGCGGUCUGGCCGGCUUCCGGGCGGCAUCGCAACCAGUGGGACACAAUCGUUCACGAGGCGACCCACUUCAGGGCUGUGCUGCCCGCUAGUGACCGUGGCUAUGGCGUUGACUUCGGCAAGCAAAUCGCAAGGGACGAUCCGGAGAAGGCUGUGACCAAUGCUGAUAACCACGCCCGGUUCGCCGUUGAAGUUCCGCCAUGGGGGCCUUAGUUUCAACUGGGGAUUUGGGGUUCAUGGAGAUAAAUGAUGUGAAAGCAGCAAGGAUACCGUUGAAGUUGCAAUCCUUGCGACUGAGAAUUGCACGGCCGUUGGCGACGGACCGCCUGGGCAGUGAGACUCAAGCCUCCUGCACACCUGAGCAGGCGGCUUACCUCCGGGGUAUGACAUAUUUCUGUUAAUAAAAGUCAGGUCGCAUGUGGUCUCCCCCCACAGGCUCUUCAGUGUUAGGGAGCCACUGCAUUUGAGCAAAACUGCCCACUCAC